GCUCAAACAAAAGUCAAAUAAUUAUUUAUUAGUAAAUACUGACUUGGAAAGACGUUACGUUACUUGAAUAGUUCAAAAAGUAGGUAAUUGAAGUCUAGUUGGUUCGGAUUAUUGUUUCAGAUUUUACGAUGAAUGAUAAUUAUUAUGAAGUCACGGCUGAAUUAGAUGCUAGAGAAAUAUUAAGAUACCUCAAUAAUCUUGGUAUUCACAAUGUAAGCGGGGAAGUUUUGAAGUAUUUUAUUACAGAUUUAAAGAAACUAAUUAAAUACGACCUCCAGAACAGGGAUCCUAGUAACGUAGAAAAACAUGAAGUACAAGGGCCUGAAAGGUUACACAGUGCCAGCACAUUCUCUUCACGCAUCAGAUCUAAAGGUCAAGAUUCAACAUCAAUGAAAUGUACAAGGGAAUGUCAAAAGACUAGAAAACCUGUUAAUGUAAGGAAUGUCCACUCUGCGCCUAACUUGGGUCCACCCAAAGUUGAGGAGAAGCCCCUCAGAAGAGCUUGCUCAUGUGUUAGAGUUGAAAAGAAACCAGAACUAGUUAAGGAGAGAAGUUCAAUGUGUACUAGUAACAAUUUAAUAAAAGUUCCUAAACAACUUGUUAAGAAGAAGUGUGAUCCAGUCUCUCUGUACCAUUAUUAUACUUCUUUAUGGAGUAAGUACAAGUCAAAUGUACCGGGAGAGAAUGACUGGUCAGACCUCAGGUGGAACAUUAGGCAGAAAAUGGCGGGAAAUGUUGUUAAACAGAUGUCGUCUAAUAAGGUUCCUGAUUCUCACAGAAACAAAGAACCAGCCAAGUCCUGACAGUGACAUUGCUUUACCUUUUAUUUUACUGAAUCAAUUUGUAAAAUGUGCUUCAUUUUGAUAGUUAUUAUAAAUAAAAACAUUAUUUUAUUA